GCUUCAGCUCCUCUGGGCGCACGUGCAGAGCUGUGCCACCUCCCUGGUCUUCGCUGUGUCGCUUUGGAUCUUCAGCCUUGGACAUUGCCUGGUCUAUUUGGUGGGACCCGAGCCUUGGGGUCAGCUGAUAGAGUAUGCGACGUGGGUUUGGGCCACUGGAAGCUUCCUGGUGCUGGGGACGCUGCUAGAGAUCCUUGCCCGGGUUUCCGCGCAGGGUGGACCUGUGUGGCGGUGGCGGUCCUGGAGGCGGAUGAUGAUUCCUCUCUGCCAUCAGCUCGAGGCCUUAGUUCUCACUGUCAUGAUCUUCAGACUGGGCAUGAGCAUCUAUCUUUUACAUGUGGCUUUACGGGGGGGCGCCUUGCCGGUUUCCGUGUCGAAUCUGGACAAGGCCACCGUGCUAAUCCUCUGCGUCUAUCGUGCCCUCCGCACUUGGGAGGAAUUUCGUGGAAUUUCGGUGCAGGAGACGCUGCACGAGAGAAGGAAGAAGGCAAGCAUGAAGAAGCUCUGGAUGCACGAAUUCAAGGAGGCUUGGCAAGAGCACCGGGCACGGCAAUGGGUACAGAUGCUAUUCUUCGUCUCCUCUCUCAUCUACUGCGCCGUGGAGUUCUUCGCCUUCGUGCGUACCUCGGAGGUUCUUGGCUACGCGCUCCUCUUUGCUCUUGGUGCUGA